AUGAUUGAUAUAAGCAUUAGCACUAUAUUAGGGAAGCAAACGAUGUUCCCGGUUUUGUUAGCCGUUCUUUGGCUCCUCUACAGAGAUUUGAGUACUUCUAAGGUGAGCGCGGCGAAUGCGAGAGGAGAUGUCCGGCGGUCUGAGAGAUGGGAACCGAAUGCGACGAUGCGCGAGGUUUCUCCUGCGUCUGAAGAACCUGGCUAUAAAACUUGGAAUCAAACCAAACCAUACCCUUACAAGGCCUUCAAAGGUGGUGCUCACAGGCCCACAAUGGGUGUGCGGCCUGUUCUCUUGAAAGAAUGGCUUUUGAUUGAGAACACAUAUGAAGCACGUAUCAAAGAAAAAUGGAAUAUAAUCAAAAGUCAUUACAUGGACGUUAUUUGCCACAUGGAUCCUGCAAUGGUAACACGCAGGGGGGACCACGAGCAGCAGCGAUCAGAAGACGGAAACGCGGCUUUUGCAAGCGAUCUUGUAAUCACGGAACAAGACGUCAUAAACUGUGACGAAACCCUCUGCAAUAUCUACGAGAACGUUGUUUCAUUUCUGUUAAAAAGGUAUCCUGAGUAUUUUGAAAUCACUCGCGAGCCUAACGGCAACGACGCGGGAGAACUCCACAACAAAAUUCUACGAGAGUUCCAUCCGGUCGAUCCUGGUAAAUGACUAGCGGUGGCAGACGACGACCUGAAAUUCUCGCGUUAUAAGUGUCAAAACGUCGACUUCUUUCCUAGUGCAUCCGCAAUUGCAGCGGAUUCGCAAAGGAAUGCCAACCAUCCACCAUUUUUAGUCACAUGCACCAAGACCAAACGAGCCCACGAGCUUCUUCUGGCCUUGUCGCGGAUGAUUGAGGAAGACUUGCUACUUAUGAUGCCAAAUGAAAGCAAACAAUUUAACAAUGAAUUUGUUCUAUGCUCGGGAGUCUUUACUGCCACAGCAGGGUUCAACGCCCGAGAAAAAUUCCUAAGACCCUUGAGUGCUGUUCAUCAGCCGGUCCCCCAUUACAAGCAGGAAUUAAAGCCCAAGAUGAAUAAGUUUUUCGAAACCCAGAAGCCUGGACGGCUUGUGUGCAGACUCAAUUUUGGGUUCCAAUUACACAACAGACUGCACGCCAGUGACAACGACAAGGGCAAGAGCACGACCACAAUAGCCGCCAAGACGCUGCGCGACCUCGACGACGGGCGCGGUCUCUUCUACAGGUCCGAAAGGCAGUGUCUGCUCAAGCUGGACACUCCGUUCGAAGCCAUAUGCUUUAGUAUCAGAACGUACAUGUGGAAUGUUGCAGAAGAUUUUCUCGCAGACGAUUUCUACUCGCAGCCGCAGAUUCUAAGCGACCUCUCCGAUGCUAUUACCGCUAUGGGAGACUCUUUGGGAUACUACAAGAGACGUCCAGAGUGGGGCCCAGCUCUCUUGGAACUUCUCCAACAGAAAAUCGACGCCAAGUCGACCGUCUGCGCGUAG